UUUUUUUUUUUUGCUUCUGUGAUCUUUUUAGUGUAGUUACCGAACUGUUUUUUGCUGUCUGAUAUUUUUUCAUGAUUUCAGUGCUUAUUGAAAGCUACGACUCUGAUAAAAACAUGUUAAAUAUAAUCUAUUAGCUAAAUUUAGAGUGUAAUAACGACCAAUAAAUGUAAUCAAUUUUGAGUUAUUUUUAGAUUAGAUCCACAGUAUCUAUAUAUAGAGUGUUUACACUCUUUACCUAUUUAUAGGGUGAUAUUCAAAAAAGUGCAACACGACAGACCUAUGGCUGCUAUACGUAAAAAACUAGUGAUAGUUGGAGACGAUUCUUGUGGUAAAACAUGCCUUCUUCACGUGUUCAGCAAAGGCUCGUUUCCAGAGUUUUACAUACCCACUGUAUUCGAAACCUAUGUAGCAGAUAUCGCAGUAGAUGGAAAGAAAGUUGAGCUGGCCUUGUGGGAUACUGCUGGGGAGGACGAUUAUGAUAGACUACGGCCUCUGUCCUACCCAGACACUGAUGUCAUUCUUUUGUGUUUCUCUAUUGAGGCUCCAGACAGCCUGGAGAAUAUACGCGAGAAAUGGUCACCAGAAGUUAAACACUUUUGUCCCACUGUUCCUAUCAUUCUUGUAGGAAACAAGAAAGAUUUGAGAAAUGAUGAAACUGUUAUGUGUGAACUUGCUAAAAUAAAACAAGAACCAGUGAAAAUAGAGGAUGGGCGUGCAAUGGCUGAGCGUAUUGGAGCUUUCUGCUAUUUAGAAUGUUCUGCUAAAAGCAUGAACGGUGUAAUAGAAGUGUUUGAGGAGGCAGCAAGAGCUGCGCUACAAGGCAAAAAGAAGAAGAAGAUAAAGUGUAGAAUAUUCUAAUACUUCGUGAUUUUACAACCUGUAUUGCUAUAAACAUGGAGUACGUUCGAAUGGUAUUUGAGUAAGGAACAAGAGCUGCGCUACAAGAAAACAAGAACUAAAGAGAUAUUUUGUGGAGUGAAUGUUAAUAAUGUUUAAUCCAUAUAUGUGAUGAUAAUUGUGUGUUUAUUUUAUGACAUGUAUCUUCUAUUUGUAGAUAUAUCUUGAUAAAUAAUGAUAAGAAAAAUUAGAUAAAGUUCAGAAUAUCCUUACAUUUUACACUUUUACAAAGGCCGUUGUUAUGGUGUAAAUUUGGUAAUAAGACUAAAUUAUAUGCUUCAUGUUGCAAAACAUCCAUACUGUAAAUACAUGUAUUCUAAACAGUUAAGAAUUACCUGGUAUAAUUUUGAAAUGAUGAUACAAAUCUUGUUAUUUCUAUUAAUAAUCUCGAUAUCGUAUUCGUGUAUACUAUGCUGAUAUUUUAGUGAGAAGUGGUCUCUUUUCUGGUAAAGAAAGAUUAAAGUAUUCAUAGACGUGUGUAUUGGAACUUUUAAAUGUUAUUUGUUAAGCUAUAAAUCACUGUAUAAGAACUGAAAGUCAGUUUACCAUGUUUCGCCCAAAGAUUUAUUAUACUAGUCACUUUAUAAUUUUAAGUAUGGUAAAUAAUAUAAAUAAAAUUAUUUGAAAAAAUAUAUGAGAUUGAGAUGAUAAACUGCGGCUUCAUUGUCCGCUUAAAGGUGAUUAAUCACAUUUAAGCAUUUUAUGGCAGAUUUUACUUUUCAUAUAUAUGGUUAGGGAUUAAGGAAUUAGAUCCUUAUUACAUGUAUUUAAAGUUUACUGAACAUUUUAUUUUAUUGUUUAUUUUCAAUAACAGUUUGUACUUACCACCCAAACCCUUACCCUUACUUUUAAAUACGGAAGUAUUCUAAAACUGGAGUAUUUCUGUUCAUUUCAGUAUAAAUUCUAGAUUUACAUUUUGGGUUAUUUCAACAAUCUUAACCAAAAUACAAGUUUCGAAACAGAGUGCAUCUUCCGAAUUCAUUUGUUUCCUAUCUAGCUUGGUUGCAUAACAAAGAUAAACAAAGGAAAGUAAUAGUACUUUGUUUGCAAACGUGCAUUUCUAAUAAAGUUCGGCUAGACAUAUAAUGGUCAGUGCAAAUUUUUGACAAAUGGAAUUUGUAAGAAGAUCAUUUGGAAGUACAGCACGUGACAAUAUAUCAGUUCUAAUAUACUUGUCAUUCCUUAAACAAAAUCUAUACUUAUACUUAAAUAAUUCUAUCUUGGUUGGACAACCAGGGUGGGAAAAUCAAAUGUUAAAAGUGCCCGAAGUAAAAAUCUAGCAUGUUCUAAGCACUCGGUGAACACAAAUAAGUGUAACUGAUCAGUUGUUAAGGUUUCAAAUAAAUCCAUUACUUGACAAAAAUCUGAUUAAGACUGUUUCCCGAUACGAGAACCUACUUGGUAAAUUUGAAUCUGGGACGUGGUACAGCGGAAAUCAACUGUUUUAGAUUAAGGACAUAUUAUAAUCGAAAUAAUGUAUAGCAAAAUCGUGUUUUACCUAAAUUAAUACACACAAAAUCGGUUAUACGUCGCCAGA